CAAAAACAAGAUAAAAAUAGGGAAACAAGCAAUAGAGAGAAAGAAAGAGAAAGGGGAAAAGAGAGAGAAAGUGGUGGGGAAGAAAACAAGAGAAAGAAUAGGAAUAGAAGCAAUAGAGAGACAGAGAAAGGGGAAAAGAGAGAGAGAGAGGGGUGAGGAGGUGUGAUGCCCAUGUUUUCAGCGGGCUUCGGGAAGGAGAAGGGCUGUUUCCCCCGUGGCAAGUCCCCAGCCACGCCCCGCACCCCCGAGGACGACCCCCACGCACCAAGCAUCAGGCCCCAGACCGUGGUGGAGGGCAACGGCAAGCUGGACUUCGGGGAGUACGAACUUGAGCUGUGGGACCUGCGGUACAACGGGAUCAUGGGGCGGAGCAAGCGCGGGGGCAGCGGCAGCAGCGGCGGCGGCGGCGGGGGCGUCCGGGCGGGGGGGCUGUGGGAGUGGGUGCGGCCAUCCUGCGUGCCCAUCACCAUCAUCGUCACCCUCUCCCUGCUCAUCGUGGUCAUGGCGCUCCUGGACGAUAGCCUCUCUCGGAGCACUGACGGAGCCUUUGUGAAUGACCAAUGCAGAUUUCAACUAGUGGAGAGCAUACCCGACAACCUGACCUACCCCCAUGGCAGCCCCUCGCACCCCAGCACCUACGAGGCCUGGGUCACCCUCCUUGGGGCGGCGCGGGAGUCCGUCGAUAUCGCCGCCUUCUACUGGACGCUGCUGAACGACGAUGUGUCCCCCAAACCCUUCCCCUCGUCAGCCCUGGGUGAAGAUGUGUUUAGGAGGCUGAAGGAGACGGGCCUGAAGGAAGGGGUGAAGAUGCGGAUCGCCCAGAACAUGCCAUCCCGGGUGUCGCCCCAGAAUGACAGUGCCACCCUCGCCGCCCUGGGAGCCGCUGAGGUGCGCAGCCUGGACUUUCCGCGGCUCAUGUCUGGCGGUGGUGUGUUGCAUACCAAGAUGUGGCUGGUGGAUGGUCGGCACCUCUACCUGGGCAGUGCCAACAUGGACUGGCGCUCCCUCACACAGGUGAAGGAACUUGGCAUCGUUAUCUACAACUGUUCAAGUCUUGCUAGCGACAUGAUGAAGAUAUUUGAGGUGUACUGGCAACUGGGCAAGGAAGGGGCUGUCAUCCCCCCCUCCUGGCCAGCCCCACUUGAGACUAUCUACAACAUCAACAACCAGAUGCCCCUCUCGCUGUCCGGCACUCCUGUCAACACGUACCUUGCCAGCUCCCCACCCCCGUUCUGCCCUGGAGGGAGGUCUGGGGAUGUGGAUGCCAUUGUGGAUGUGAUCAACAAGGCAUCGGUGUUUGUCUACGUGGCAGUAAUGGACUAUUUCCCCAAGACGCUCUACUCCAAGGACACCAUGUUCUGGCCGGUGCUGGACGAUGCAAUGAGACGGGCAGCGGUGGAGAGGAGAGUAAGGGUCCGUGUCCUAGCCUCCCACUGGACCCAUACCCGCCCCGACCUGCCCCAUUUCCUGCGCUCCCUGGCUGACAUCUCCUCCAACCAUACCCACGUAGACAUACAGGCGAAGCUGUUUGUGGUCCCUGCCUUCAACAAAGAGCAGAGAAACGUUCCCUUCGGCAGAGUCAACCACAACAAGUACAUGGUGACGGACAAGGCAGCCUAUAUAGGCACAAGCAACUGGAGUGCCGACUACUUCAUCAACACUGGCGGCAUUGGUCUGGUGAUUAACGAAACUGUAACCACAACAACAACAAGAGGAAGAGGAAUGAACGAGGAGGAGGAGGAGGAAGAGGAGGAGAACAUGAGGAGGAGGAGGAGGAGAGGACAGCCAGAGAACAGAGAACCAGGUCAGAGUAGUGGUGAUGGUGAUGAUGGUGAUGAUGGUGUGAGUGCCAGGCAGCAACUUCAGGGGGUGUUCGAAAGGGAUUGGAACUCGGAGUAUGCAAGGCCAAUAGAGGAGUUUUUGUAGAGUGUGUGUGUGUGUGUGUGUGUGUGUGUGUGGGUGAUUGUGUUUGUAUUGGGUUGUGUGAUUGUUUGUGUGAGUGAUUGUGUGAUUGUGUUUGUGAUUGUGACUUUUUAUGGUUGUGUUUGUGUUGUGUUUGUAUGAGUGUGUGUUUGUGUUGGUGAUUGUAUGUUUGUGAAUGUGUUGGUAAUUUUGUGUUUGUGAAUGUGUGUUGAUGAUUGUGUGUUUGUGUUGGUAAUUGUCUGAUUGUGUUUGUGAUGUGCAAUUGUUUGUUUGUGACUGUAUUUGUGCUCCGGUGAUUGUGUGUUUGUGUUCCGGUGAUUGUGUGUUUGUGUUCUGGUGAUUGUGUGUUUGUGUUAGUGAUUGUGUGUUUGUGUUCCGGUGAUUGUGUGUUUGUGUUAGUGAUUGUGUGUUUGUGUUAGUGAUUGUGUGUUUGUGUUCUGGUGAUUGUGUGUUUGUGUUCCGGUGAUUGUGUGUUUGUUGUGUUUCCGAUUGUACGUUUGUGUCAUGUGAUGGUGUUGGCAAUUGUGUGGUUGUCAUAUAAGAUUUUGUUUGUUUGUGUGAUUGUUUGUUUGUAUGAGUGUAUGAGUGUGUUUGUGUCCAUUUGUGUUGGAGAUUGUGUGAUUGUUAUGUAUGAUCUUGAUUGUUUGUUUGUAUGAGUGUUUGUGUUGGGAUUGUGAUAUGUGAUUGUGAGACUGUUUGUGUUUUGGUCAUCUCUGUUUGUUUGUUUUUUUAUGUUUGUUUCUGUUUGUGUUUCUGUCCAUCAUAUUACUUUUUUUUUAUAUUAAGUCUUUCAUUUAGUGUUGAGUGAAUAACUAUUUAAACACAUCCAAAUAUAUUUCACGGCAUAAUAAUAAUAAUAAUAAUAAUAAUAAUAAUAAUAAUAAUAAUAAUAAUAAUGAUAAUGAUAAUAAUUGAUCUCAUACUUAAUUGAUAUUUUAUAAUGACUCAAGACAAUUUUUUUACUUAACUGUUGUAUUAAUUAUUUUUUUAUACACUGAUUUUAUUCUAUUAUUUUUGUUAUUAGUGUGUGUGUGUGUGUGUGUGUGUGUGUGUGUGUGUGUGUGUGUGUGUGUGAAAUUAAGCCAAGCAAUUUUUUUCUAUAAUCAUUUCUUUUUACUCUUUCUUUUUUUCUUUCUUUUUCUCUUCAUUUCUCUAAUCUUUUCUUUCUUUUCUCUUGUUUCCUUUUAUUAUCUAUUCUUCUUUUUUUUUCUUUGUCUUUCUCAUCUUUUAAUUUAUUCUCCUUGUUCUCUUUCUUCCUUUCUUUCUUCUUUCUUUAAUAUUUUCUCUAUCUAUCAUAUUUUUCUUUUUCCAUUUUUUAUAUUUAUUGAGUUUUAUUUUUAUCAUUUUAUUUUUUACCUUUUCUCUCUCCUUCAUUCUUCAUCUUUCUUAUCUUUCCUUUCUUCUCUAUGUUCCCUUUUCCUCUAUUAUUAUUUUUUUCUAGUGUUUCCAUCUUCAUCAUCAUUCUCAGCUUUCCUUCCUUCUACAUUUACUCUUUUAUCCUUUCUUCUUUUUUCUUUUUCCUUUUUUCUUUUUCAUCUUUCCUUCUUUUUCAUUUUCAUUUUUCUUCCUUUCUUCUUUUCUUCUUUUUCCUUUCAUCAUU